AUGGUUCCCUGCUUUGAUGCAUCCAAGGUCAAGUGCUCAGGCCCUGGGCCAGAGCGGGCCACCGCUGGGGAGGUGGGCCAAUUCCAAGUGGACUGCUCCAGCACAGGCAGUGCAGAGCUGACCAUCGAGAUCUGCUCAGAGGCGGGGAUGCCAGCCGAGGUGUACAUCCAGGACCAUGGCGAUGGCAUGCACACCAUCACAUACAUUCCCCUCUGCCCCGGGGCCUACACUGCCACCAUCAAGUAUGGCGGCCAGCCUGUGCCCCACUUCCCCAGCAAGCUGCAGGUGGAGCCUGCAUGGACACUUCUGGCAUCCAGUGCUACUGGCCUGGGAUUGAGGGCCAGGGUGAGUGGCCCUGCUGUGUGGUAUGUGGCAGUGGGGGCACAGGGACCAGAGCCCCAAGCCUCCUCCCUGUGUCCCUUUGCAGGCAUCUUCCAAGAGGCCACCACUGAGUUCAGUGUGGAUGCCCGGGCCCUCACAUAG